GGUUUGGGGGGGGCCCGGCAGGGAAACCGGCCAGGAGGGCACGGGCGGACCGCGGGGAGCACGGAUGGACUUCCCCCGUGCGGGGAUGGGGUGACGCGGAGUCGGAGUGCGGGGCUGGGACCACCCAGAGGGGGCUGAGACCACCUUAGUGUGGGGCUGGGGACACCCAGGGAUGGGGCUGCGGGGCUGAGACCCCCCUGUGGUGCUGGGACUCUCUUACUAUGGGGCUGGGACCCCAGGGAUGGGGGUGUGGGGCUCGGACCACCAGGGAUCGGGAUGUGGGGCUGGGACCCCCUUCAUGUAGGGCUGGGGGUUGGGGGUGUGGGGCUGGGACUCUCCUGUGGUGCUGGGACUCUCUUAGUGUGGGGCUGGGACACCCAGGGGUCAGGUUGAGGGGCUGGACCCCCGGUGGAGCUGCGACUCCCUUAGUGUAGGGCUGGGGACCCCCAGGGAUCGGGAUGUGGGGCUGGGACCCCUUUAGUGUAGGUCUGGGACCCCCAGGGAUGGGGGUGUGGGGCUGGGACCUUCAGUGUGGGGCUGGGACCCCCAGGGAUCAGGAUUUGGGGCUGGGACCCCCCAGUGAGGCCGGAACCCCCUUAGUGCGAGGCUGGGGACCCCCAGGAGUGGGGGUGCGGGGCUGGGACCCCCUCGUGGUUCUGGGACUCUCCUACCAUGGGGUUGGGGACCCCCCAGGGAUGAGGGUGCAGAGCUGGGACCCCCCGUGCAGGAAUGGGGUGACGGGGAGUUGGAGUGCGGGGCUGCGACCACCUUAGUGUGGGGCUGGGGAACCCGGGGAGAGUGGGGGGGUGGGGCUGGGACCCUCUUAGGAUAGGGCUGAGGUGCCUUAGGGAUGGGGGUGUGGGGUUGGGACUCCCCAGUGUGGCUCUGAGGACCGGGGUGGGAGCUGGGACCCCCCACUGUCGGACCGGGACCCCCAGAACUGGGAAUGUGGGGCUGGGACCCCCAUAUGUAGUAUUGAGGACGCCCGGGCUGGGGGUGCGGGACUAGGACCCCCAAUGUGGCACUGGGGACCCCCUGUUGUGGCACUGGGGGCCCCCAAGUAUCGAGUUGUGGGGCUGGGACUCCCCCAAUGUGGCACUGGGGACCCCCGGAUUUGGGGUGCGGCACUGUGAGUCCCCCGGGCGGGGGUCCCCGGUGUCCCCUCCCCGUCCCGAUGACGCGGAGCCUGGCGGUGCCUGGCACUGGCACAGGCGGUGCCACCCGGGCACUGGCCGGUGCCACCGGCUCCCCAGGGAGGUCGGGGACACCGAGGGAGGGUCAGGCCCUGGCGGGGGGACCCCGCCGGGGUUGGUGGUGACCCCCCCGCUCCCUCAGCAGCCCCGAGCCCAGGCGAUGGCCGAGGACCGAGAUGUGCGAUUUGUCACCGAGGAGAGCUUUGACUUCGGGAUCCUGUCCCCCUCUGACAGCCAGGAUGAAGAGGAGGACGAGGAGAGCCGGGGCGGGGGGUCCCGGCGCGGGGGAGGGGGCAGCGGGCGCUGGAGCCCCCUGCGAGGUGCCCGCCUGGAGGAGAUGGUGCGGGAGGCCACUCGCUUGGCCGCCCAGCUCGAGCGGUGUCACCUGCCCCCCCCCGCCCCCGGGGACCCCCCUGGCCCCGCCGCCACCCCCCCAGGCACGCCCCGCAGCCCCCGGCGCCAGACGUUCGUGGUGAAGGACAGCCCGGUGAGGGCACUGCUGCCCACCGUGGAGUCCCAGGCACCGCCCGCCGCCAAGCCCCGGGGGGGGCCUGCUGCCACCGCUGUCCCCAAAGCCAGCUCAAGGCGAGAGGGGGCCCUGCUCCCUGCCCCCCCCCCGCCCGCCAGCCCCACACCAGGAGCACGGCCCCCCCGGGCCCUUCGGGCCGCCCCCCGGCCCCCGGCGCCCUCCCCAAGGUGCCCCCCCGGCCCGCCGCGGCGGGCGGCAGGACCCCCACCCCCCGAGGCACGGGAGGGGCGCGGGGGGCCUCCUCCACCGCAGCCUCGGCCUGCAAGGCGGGAUCCCCCCCCGCCCGCCUGCGGCCCCCCCCGCAAGACGGCAGCGAGCAGCACCCCAAGGUGACACCCCCGCGCCCCCCCCGGGCCCACCCGAGGGGCUCGGCGUGCCCGGCCCCCCCCCAGCCUGGUGUGCGGUGGGGGGGGACAGAGC